AACUUAGUAUCUUAAGACAGGCUGGCAUGACCUGUAUCAAAUCUAAUAAACCGUUAUCCUGGGCAGAUGGCUAAAUCCAACGAUAUCGCAAUUUCUACACUUCAAGUCCAAGUGGAUGACGUGAAAACCGUUAUGACUCAGAACAUUGAAAAGGUCCUGGAAAGAGAAGAGCGGCUGAGUGAACUUGCUGACCGAAGUGAUGAUCUUGAAACAGCGUUUCAGGCUCAUGGUUUCCAAAAAACUACUAUCAAGAUUUCAAAGAAGAUGUGGUGGAAAAAUACUAAAAUGAUCAUAAUUAUAGCAAUAAUAUUCAUCAUUGUUGUUAUUUUUAUAGUUCUUAUAGCCACAGGAGUUAUUCCAAUGUAGGGAAUGUUUAAACUACCUAAUGUACAAAGUAUUGUAUAUGGAGCACAAAUUCAGUAUUUAUGUUGAAACCCUAUUUUUAUACAUAAACUGCUCGUUUUACCCAUUAAUAAAGUAGCUCAUGCUCCUUCUUCUAUUUGGAAGAGUACUUUCUUGCAAAGUGAUAGGCUAUUCGAUCCAGUCCUUACACAAAAAACCUGAACAAAAUUUCUUAUUGAAUUUAAGAAGUAACUUUUCCAAUCAGAAUUGGAAAGAGGUAUCCAAAUAGAAUUAAAAUUAAAAUUAGUUUGUUGAGUUCUAGCCCUCUUGUAAGGUUUCCUUUAGUUUCCACCUACACAGAUUAAAUCAAGUAUAAAUUAAACUCUUGGUAUUUCCCUCAACACUCCUCUU